UUGGCGGCCCCGGGAAGGGAAGCGGUUUCCGGGGUUGCUGGGAGGUGCAGUAAGAUGGCAGCUUUGGACAGGGUCAAGGUACUGGUGUUGGGUGACUCCGGCGUCGGAAAGUCUUCCCUUGUUCAUCUCCUGUGCCAAAACCAGGUGCUGGGAAACCCGUCGUGGACAGUGGGCUGCUCGGUGGAUGUUCGAAUCCAUGACUACAAGGAAGGGACUCCAGAAGAGAAGACCUACUACAUUGAGCUGUGGGAUGUUGGAGGUUCAGUGGGUAGUGCCACUAGCGUGAAAAGCACACGAGCAGUCUUUUAUAACCUGCUGAAUGGGAUCAUUUUAGUGCAUGAUUUAACCAACAAGAAAUCAUCCCAGAAUUUGUACCGCUGGUCUUUGGAGGCACUCAACAGAGACGUUGCUCCGACAGGAGUUCUUGUGACAAAUGGUGACUAUGACCGCGAGCAGUUUGCAGAUAACCAGAUUCCCCUGCUGGUGAUAGGGACUAAGCUGGAUCAGAUCCCAGAGACGAAGCGGAAUGAGGUUCUGACCAGAACGGCUUUCUUGGCUGAGGAUUUCAAUGCUGAAGAGAUAAAUUUGGAUUGCACCAAUCCUCGUUACCUGGCUGCAGGGUCAUCCAAUGCUGUCAAACUAAGCAGGUUUUUUGAUAAGGUUAUAGAGAAGAGAUACUUCUUAAGAGAUGGCAAUCAGAUUCCUGGCUUCUCUGAAAGGAAAAGGUUUGGAGGAGGAACACUGAAGAACCUUCAUUAUGAGUGAAAAAUGAAGAGGUGGAAGAUGGCUUUUUAAGGACAUUCCCAUUCUGACUGGAUGCUGUUGUCUGGCAGGGUGAAAAUGAUCCUGCGGCCAAGCAGGCUGCCGAAGCUGCUUUGGCUGGAGAGGAUUUCUGAACCAUCUAAUCUG